UCUCUGCGGUCUGUUCCAUUUCAAAUUCCUAUUAUUUCAUUUCCUUCUCUCUCUCUCUCUCUCUCGAAUGUGAAAUCUCUUCUCCCUCUCCUAUUUUUUUUGGUUUUCUUUCAGGAUUCCUCCUCUCCUUUUGCUUUCAUUCAUAUCUUCACCGACUAUAUAAAUUUCUCUCUCAUUGUUGUUCUUGAUUCCAUGGCGAUCGCCGAUACGCUUGAGAGUACAACCCCCUCGGAUAGCUCUUUAAGCGACUUAGAUGCCACACGAUUCCUUCGUCGGAGACCGACUUCUGCUACCACCGCUGGAACUGAGUCUGAUACAAUUUUCAGACCGGACAUUCGUGGUACUCAUACUUCGCCUCCAGAUCAUGCAGCUGUUAAUGGUUUAUCGCCUGCCAAGAGGUUUCAGGAGGAUAAUGAUCGAAAUGACGCUGUUGAAAAUCCGAAUCUAAUAGAAACGGAGAAGGUUUCUGGUGAAAUGGCGGAGAGUCGAGGCGAAGCCAAUUCUGAUGUUUCUGCUGUGAAAUUUGCUUAUCGACCUUCUGCUCCGGCUCAUAGACGAGUGAAGGAAAGUCCUCUAAGCUCUGAUGCGAUAUUCAGACAGAGCCACGCAGGUCUGUUCAACCUCUGUAUAGUAGUGCUUGUUGCGGUAAACAGUAGACUAAUCAUUGAGAAUCUUAUGAAGUAUGGCUUGUUAAUUCAAACCGGUUUUUGGUUUAGUUCAAGAUCCUUGCGAGACUGGCCACUCCUAAUGUGUUGCCUUUCUCUCCCUGUCUUCCCUCUUUCUGCCUUUCUUGUUGAGAAGUUAGCUUCACAGAAAGAUAUAUCUGAGCCUGUUAUUAUUUUUCUUCAUGUUAUUAUAACCACUACUGCAGUUCUGUAUCCAGUUUUUAUGAUUCUCAGGUUUGACUCUGCUGUUUUGUCUGGUGUAACCUUGAUGCUAUUUGCAUGCAUUGUCUGGUUGAAAUUGGUUUCAUAUGCCCAUACGAAUCAUGACAUGAGAAAAAUUUCCAGAUCAUUUGAUCAGGGAGAUGUCUUGCCUAGUUCCCUGGACCCAGAGGACCCUCACAAUGUUAGCUUCAAGAGUUUGGUUUACUUUAUGCUUGCUCCAACUUUAUGUUAUCAGCCAAGCUACCCACGAACAGCACACAUACGAAAGGGUUGGGUGGUUCGACAAUUUAUUAAGUUAAUAAUAUUCACAGGUGUUAUGGGUUUCAUUAUUGAACAGUACAUAAAUCCCAUCGUCAAAAAUUCUCAACACCCCUUGAAGGGUAACCUUUUGUAUGCUACAGAGAGGAUCCUAAAGCUUUCUGUGCCAAAUUUAUAUGUUUGGCUCUGCAUGUUCUACUGCUUUUUCCACCUAUGGUUAAAUAUAUUGGCGGAGCUUCUUUGUUUUGGAGAUCGGGAGUUCUACAAGGACUGGUGGAAUGCCAAAACAGUUGAAGAGUAUUGGAGGAUGUGGAAUAUGCCUGUCCACAAAUGGAUGGUUCGCCACAUCUAUUUUCCAUGCCUAAGAAAUGGGAUACCGAAGGGAGUAGCAGUUGUAAUUGCAUUCCUAGUUUCUGCGGUGUUCCAUGAGUUGUGCAUUGCAGUUCCUUGCCACAUGUUCAAACUCUGGGCCUUUAUUGGAAUUAUGUUUCAGGUUCCGCUGGUUUUGAUAACAAAUUACCUACAAAAUAUGUUCCAAAACUCUAUGGUUGGGAACAUGAUAUUCUGGUUCAUAUUCAGCAUUCUAGGUCAACCAAUGAGCGUUCUACUCUAUUAUCAUGACUUGAUGAACCGCAAAGGCAUUGACUAAGACCUACUAUGGAGUGUGCGGUUAAACGGUAGCAAUCCCACUCUGUUUCAUUAAUCAAAUCCUCAACUGCUUUUACUAGAUUUUGUAUUCUUUCUUUUCACCUUCUGAGAUCCGAUUCAAUGUUUUCCUAUUAAACUUAUAUUUGUAAAUUGAUUUAGGCUUCUUUCUAAUUCCACAUGGGUUUCAGACUA